GCACCCCCCCACGUGUGAUCCAUCCCCCCAAUCGCAUCAACACCUUCGCCUGUCCCUUCAUUGGACUCUUGUGCCACAAAAUGUCUGUCUCUUUAAUCUUUUUUUUUAUUCAUAUGCAUGCCCAGCCCACCUAGCUAUUUAAUUCACUGCAAUACAAGACAAACUUGAGUGAUGAAUAAGAGAGAAGAAGUUUUUUUCAUUUUUUGUUUUGUUUUACUUUUAAUUAAUCUCUCGAGCUGUUGAGUUGCUUGGUGAGAAGAAUGUUCGAUGGGAGUGAGCAAUUCAUUGCUUCCUCAAGAGCUUCCUUUCAUGGAAAUCCUUGCUUCGACCCCUACGCGCCGCCGUUGCUCGCCGAUAGAUCCGCCGAUCCGUGGUCCAACGACGAGCUUCUCGCCCUCCUCAAGCUCAGAUCCACCACCGAGAUUUGGUUUCCCGACUUCACCUGGGAGCACUUUUCAAGGAAGCUGGGGGAGCUGGGGUACAAGAGGAGUGGGGUGGAGUGCAAGGAUAAGUUCGAAGAAGUAAGCCGACACUUUAGCAGCAGCAGCAGCAGCAACAACAACAACAACAAAAACUACAACGAGCUCGACGAAAUGUACCAAGAAGCUCAUCACAUCCAUGAAAUGGACGAUCAGGAUCCGACGGCCAAGAAGCCCCAAGACGUCAUAAUCAAUCCAACCAUCAAAAGGAAGAGAAGAGACAAGCUCGACAAAUUCAAGGGCUUUUGCGAGGCCGUGGUGACCAAAAUGAUGUCCAAACAGGAAGAGCUCCACAACAAACUCAUCGACGACAUCGUCACCCGAGACGAGGAGCGGAUCGCCCGAGAGGACGCGUGGCGGAUCCAGGAAACGAAACGGAUCCAAACCGAGAUCGAAACCCGAGCCAAGGAGCAGAAAUCCGCCGCCGAGAGACAAGCAGUGAUUAUCCAAUUCCUGAAGCAAUUCACCACCGCUCCCGAAGAAAAGCAACAGCAGACAGGAAAAUUCGACACGAACACGAAUUCCAAAACGAACUCCAACUCGUUGUGCAAGAGCACGCCGCCGCAGACGCCGGUGGGGCCGCAGUCGAGCCCGGCGGGGAGGAGGUGGCCGAGGGAGGAGGUGGUGGCGCUGAUAAACCUGAGGUGUGAGACGGGCGGCGGAGGAGAGGGGAGUAAUAAGGGGCCGCUGUGGGAGAGAAUAUCGCAGGGGAUGAAGGAGAUGGGAUACAAACGGAGUGCGAAGAGGUGUAAGGAGAAAUGGGAGAAUAUAAAUAAGUAUUUUAGGAAGACCAAGGAUAGCAGCAAGAAGAGGUCUGUGAAUUCGAGGACUUGUCCGUAUUUUCAUCAGCUCAGCUGUUUGUACGGCGACGGCACCAUUGUUGCCCCUAACGCCGCCGCUGCGACGGCGGAGAUUAAUCAGUAGUUGAGUGAGGGAAUGGAACAACUGGUUUUUGAUUUGGGCUUCUUAUUCCGGUGAAUAAAUUUUGUACUCUAGUGGUGUAAGUUUUUAAUUUUUAAUUUUUUUUUUGUGUUUAAUUGCUAUAUAUGUAGUUUUGUUUAUUUCGUUACUAUGAACUAUAUAUAUGUAUGUAUUAUUGGCUGUUUA